CCGCCGGGAUAGGCUGCGCGCCGGAUAUAUGUAGCCGGCGGCAGAGCACGCCGCUGCGUGAGGCGCUUCUAGUCCGCCGGGCCGGCCUGUGGUGAAGCGGCGCCUCCCGCUCCCGUCCCGCUCCGCCCGCAGUUUUCAGUUGACCAAAGAAAUGGUGAUGGAGAAGCCAAGUCCCCUGCUGGUCGGGCGGGAAUUCGUGAGGCAGUACUAUACCCUGCUGAACCAAGCACCUGACUAUUUGCACAGGUUUUAUGGAAAGAACUCUUCCUAUGUCCAUGGUGGCUUGGAUUCCAAUGGAAAACCAGCUGAUGCAGUCUAUGGGCAAUCUGACAUCCACAAGAAGGUGCUGUCAUUAAACUUCAAGGAUUGCCACACAAAGAUCCGUCACGUGGAUGCUCACGCCACCCUCAACGAUGGUGUUGUGGUGCAGGUGAUGGGGGAGCUCUCCAACAACAUGCAGCCCGUGCGCAGGUUCAUGCAAACCUUUGUGCUCGCACCUGAGGGUUCUGUUGCAAACAAGUUCUAUGUCCACAAUGAUAUCUUCCGCUACCAGGAUGAGGUUUUUGGGGACUCUGACACCGAGCCUCCAGAGGAAUCAGAAGAGGAAGGGGAGGAACCUGAGGAAAGACAGCAGACACCCGAGGCUGUUCCUGAUGAUACUGGUGCUUACUAUGAGCAGGCUGUCAGCAAUGACAUUGAGGAACACCUGGAAGAGACGACUGCAGAGGCAGAGCCUGAGCCAGAGGCAGAACCUGAACAGGAACCUGAACCAGAGGCACAGGAAGAAAAGUCUGAGCCAGUAUUAGAGGAGUCAGCUCCAGAAGAGACUGUGGAAAAGAGUCCUUCUCCAGCUCCUGCUGAUCCAGCUCCUGCAGUGCAAGAGGACUCAAGGACAUUUUCCUGGGCAUCAGUAACCAGCAAGAACCUUCCUCCCAGUGGGGCUGUUCCAGUAUCAGGAAUACCACCUCAUGUUGUGAAAGUACCAGUCUCGCAGCCCCGCCCUGAGGCAAAGCCCGAGUCUCAGACCCCACCUCAGAGACCUCAGAGGGAUCAGCGAGUGAGGGAGCAGCGAACAAGCAUCCCACCGCAGAGGGGUCCUAGGCCAAUUCGCGAGGGUGAACAAGGCGAUGUGGAAACCAGACGGAUUGUGAGAUACCCAGACAGUCAUCAGCUUUUUGUUGGGAACCUUCCCCAUGAUGUGGACAAAUCUGAACUUAAAGACUUUUUCCAAAAACUUGGCUUUUCUCUUGCAGGCUAUGGCAAUGUUGUUGAACUCCGCAUCAACAGUGGUGGAAAGCUCCCCAAUUUUGGGUUUGUGGUGUUUGAUGAUCCUGAACCAGUUCAGAAGAUCCUUAGUAACAGGCCCAUCAUGUUCAGGGGAGAGGUGCGCCUGAACGUGGAGGAGAAGAAGACACGAGCUGCCAGGGAGGGUGACCGCAGAGAUAACAGACCUCGUGGACCCGGAGGCACUCGUGGGGGGCUGGGAGGUGGGAUUCGAGGGCCUCCACGUGGAGGAAUGUCCCAGAAGCCAGGAUUUGGAGCUGGAAGGGGGAUCGGGCAACGCCAGUGAAGGCAUCGAGGAUGUUGACACGGAGGCGCAAACCCUUUUUCCUGCAGAUUUGUGAAUUUCAGCCUUGGGUAUCUUGGAAUGUGGCCCUAGCCUGUUAUAGACUGCUACGUUUGAUACUAUUUUGGCCCCUUUUUGUUUGUGUUAUGGUUCUGUGAUUUAUUUUUUUUCUAGUCCUUGUCCCAGAUUCCAGCUUUGUGGAACAACGUUUUAGGAAAAGUGGAUUUUAAAAAGAGAAGAACUGAGUUUUCUUGUUCACCUCAAACUUACGGACUGAAUUUUUUUGGUACCAGUGGUUUUUCCUAAAGGAAUGUCUCUACUUUUUUUCUUUUUUUUUUCUCUCCCCUUUCUACUGAGUUUGGGUGCAUUUCAGUCAGUGGAAUCAUAUUUCACGUGCAUGCGUUCAAGAGCCUGUAGGAAAACAUAGUACUUGGCAAGUAUUUCAAGGGCAGAAAAAAAAAAAACUAUUGAUGUUUCUUUGAGGGUCAUAUGAACAUCCUCUGGUGUGGAGAUAUUGCCACUUGAAAAAUUGACUUUCACCUUUCUCUUUGUGGCGCUGUAAGAGUGGAAUAAUGGGUAUCUGUAGAAUCUCUUUUUCUUUUGAUACAUGAUCACAGAAAGGAAUUCGAACUACUGUUUUACCACUUUGAAAUUUUGGAUUGUGGGAUAGCUUUUAAAUGUCUAGAACUUGACUCUUCAAACACUUUUCCUGAACUUGUGAAAUUUUUUAUUGAAAUAGGGAGUUUUUUUCAUGUUUAGUUUGUAUUUGUAUAAAAAAAAAAGCAAAAUUGUUGUGCCUUCUAUUUAUCUCUCAUUCCAGUUUUGGCAAAUUGUUUUAAAAAAUAAAAAUAAAAAAGGUCUAGAUUUGCUUUAUCAA